AGAUGAGGCCAUGGCUCAUGUAGGCUAUUAGCCCUGUAGACUAGUUUCUUCUCUGAGGCUUUGGUUUCCUUCUUUCUCUUUUGCUCCUGAUGAGUGGAGACCAAUCAUUAUAUCUUAGAUAGCUCCUCACAAGCCUUUAAGACCCCAGACACUGCUCACAUUACUAGGAUGCAGAAGGUGAAAUUUGUGAACUGUAUUAUGCCAAUAGAUUGAGUUGUUCUAUGAGACUUAAGGGCUUAAGCCUAGAAAACCAAUCUCCCAAGGUUCCAAAUGAUGUUUUUUUGUUUUUGUUUGUUUGCUUUUUCCUUUAAUCAGUCACUUGCCCAGUACAUUGUUUACUGGACAAAUGAAUGGUUAAGGAUUAAUAAGACGUGGUCUCUGUUCUUCCAGAGGCAGACUUAAAAAAAAAAUUUAAUGUGUUAUAUGCAUGCAACAAAUAUAUAUUGAGUAACUGUUGUGUGACAAGCAUUGAACUGGGUGUUGCUUGUCCCUGCCUCCAAGAGGUUUAUCUUCUAUUGAGUUAAAUUAAACAGCAAGAUGAGCAAUCAGCUGUUACCACACACACGCAAAAUAGAUACAUAUGCAUGCUAUGAUGUGGGAAGGUACAAGUUCCUUUAGAAACAUAAUCUGGGAGAAGAUCAGGGAAGGCAUCCUGGGAAAACCAAAUCUGAGGGAUGAGUGGAGUUAACCAAGCGUAGGGGGUAGAAAAGGAUAUUGCAGGUGGAGUGAAAAGCCAGUGAGGGCUCAGAAAAGAGAGACACAACAGUACAUUAGGGCAGUGGCUUUCACCCUUUCUACUAUAGUAACAUACAUAUCUUACAUUGCAGCUUUUGAGACAUCUAUGUAGAUAUGUAACAAGCCAAAGUUUCAUUAGUUUAUUCUUACGUGCAGUACACUGAUAUUUUCCAUUCUGGUUUUCAUUUUGUUUUUUAAUGGUAUUUGUGACCCACUAAAUUGACUUCAUAGCCACUAAUGGAUUGUGGUCCACAGUUUAAGAAAAUGCAGCAAGAUCAGUGAAAAAGGUUAGAGUGUAAUGGAAUGGAAAGAGUCAUGGGAGAAUAGAGAGGUAGGUCUUGGAGUUUAUAAACUUUAUCCCAAGGACAGUGUGAACCCAUUUUGUUUUUUUAGAAAGUUCACCACUCAGACCUUCUGCAGUAUCGCAGUGGAGCUGGUGUAGGUGGGAGUUAUGCCCAUUGUUAAAUGCCUUUGUCCUCCUGUCUCUCUGGUAUGUGCACAGUUUCCAUUUUUCUCCCCCUCAGAAACUAAAGGUAAAUGUGUAGGUGCCAGAGGUGGAGAGAAAUAGAAGCUCGAGAGUAAGUAUAAGCUGACUCCACCAUGGCCCAGGGUUUCAAACCUAAAUAAGGCUUCGAAGGUUUGGGGUUAUAAGGCAUGCAUUCAACAGGGAGAUAUGUUCCAACAAGGAGAUAUGACUUGGGAAGCUGGGAGGGAAUAGGGGUGGGGCUGUGGAAUUGAGCCUCCUGCGAAAAGCCAGGAGCCUUGAAGAGCUUUCCCAUCCAUGCACAUUUGCCUACUGACCCAGGAAAAGUACCAGGAGGUAGGCUCUCCAUUGUGCUGGUUAAGGAAAAAGUGACUUGCAGGUAUAGGUCCAAAUACACUGUCAGUAUGAUUCAGGAACAUCCUGAGACCUUAGCAUAGAAAUUGAUCCAAGAACAUUGAAACCAUUAGUACUUAGGUAGAAGCAAAUGAAACUCCAUUCAGAGGGAUCACUUACAACCUAGGGCUCUCACUGAAGAUAAGCAUAAAAUAAAAAAUUACACCUGAGAAAGCAAACCAUCAUGAGGCAGAGAUAGGAGUUCAACAGGUAGAAAAAGUAACAAGUGAUGAUCUGGGCAUUAUGGAACUGUCUAAAAUAGACUACAAAGGUAUGUUGUAAAUGACUAAGAGGAGAACGGAAAAUGUAAAAUAAGCAUGAAUGAAAAGAGAUUGGAAAGAGAAUGAAAGACAAUAAAUUAGUACGGCCAUUGAAAUUAAACUCAUUUGACGGGCAACAGCAGAUUACAUUGGUGUGUUAAGAGUGAUUUCAUAACCUUGAGGAUGGAUCUUAGGCGAUUGUAGUACAGCACAAAAAAGGAAAUGAAGGAAUUCCCGGGCUGCAUGCGGAGAAAGGCCUGGAGGGGUAUGUGACCAGUCAUGAAACUUGAACCAAGUCAUUUGUUCAGCAUAUAGUAAGUGUCCGUUAUGUGCCAGUGCUGUUGAGGGGCUGAGGGAAUGGUGGUUUUGUUUUAAGUUCCUAUUAGUACCUUCUAGAAGGUCAUGAUGGCUCAACUAAGGGGAGUGGCAGUAGAGAUGAAGAGAUGGAUGAAUUCGAAAGAAGGUAGAAUUGACAAGACUUGAAUAAAAAAAGACUAGAGACAUAAUAGAGGAAAAGAUUGCUUUUUCUUGUUAAAGCAGGAAGUAAACUUGAAAGUGGAGGUAUAUUCAAUUCAACACAUUUAUUGUGCUCUUUAUUAUAGAUAUUGGAAAUUGAUGAACAGCACAGUCCCUGGCUUCAAGGACUUUCUCAGGAUGGAUAAAGAAUGGCUAUGUAAUGUGACAGGUGCUAUGAUAGAAAUGUGCCCAGGUUGCUAUGGAAGCACUUAGGCAAUUUCUAACUAUGUCUAAGAGUACAGGGCAGUGGGGUCAGUCAAAGAAACGUAAGCCAAGAAGCCUGAGCUGUCCUGAAGGAUAAGUAAACUUUAAAGAAGGCUGAAGAGUCAAAGGGAAGAGCAUGUUCAAAAGCUAAAGGGCACAGCACUUUUGUGUGCUUUGCAUGUGUACACUGUGUGUGGGCGUGGGGGAGGUGCUUGAAAGAGAAUAACAAGAUGAAGGCCAGCCUAUUGUAUAAUACUUAGAAGUUUGUAUUUCACUUAGAAGACAGGAGUGAUUGAAGGAUCUUAAACAGGGAAGGGCGUGACCAGAUUUGCCAAGCAGCCUCAUUCGGGUGGUACUGUGAACUUGAUGGUAACAGAAUCUGGAAGCAGGUCCCUUGAGAGAAUCUCCUGCAGGUGCCCAGCCAGAGACCAGGGGUGCUGACAGUGAACUCUAGAUGGUGUGAAAUCAGCUGAGAGCCAGAAAAUGGCUACAGCCUUAGAACCAGAGGACCAGGACGUUUGGGAAAAAGAGGGAAUUCUGAUGGUGAAAUUGGAAGAUGAUUUCACCUGUAGGCCAGAGUCCGUCUUACAGAGGGACGACCCUGUACUUGAGACCUCGCACCAGAACUUCCGACGAUUUCGCUACCAGGAAGCAGCAAGUCCUCGUGAAGCUCUCAUUCGACUCCGGGAACUUUGUCAUCAGUGGCUAAGGCCAGAGAGGCGGACAAAGGAGCAGAUCCUUGAGCUGCUUGUGCUGGAACAGUUCCUCACCGUCCUGCCUGGAGAACUGCAGAGCUGGGUGCGGGGACAGAGGCCAGAAAGUGGAGAGGAGGCAGUGACACUGGUGGAGGGUUUGCAGAAACAGCCCAGGAGACCAAGGCGGUGGGUGACCGUCCAUGUUCACGGCCAGGAGGUCCUGUCAGAGGAGUCAGUGCAUCUAGGAGCAGAGCCUGAGUCACCAAAUGAGCUGCAGGACCCUGUACAGACCUCGACCCCCAAGGAAUCCCAUGAGGAGACCACACAGAGUCCAGAUCUUGGGGUACCAGAAGAGCAGAGCCAAGGUCCUGAAGAGGAGUUCCAGCCCCUGCAGGAGAGCGAGGCUCCAGUGCUCCAGGACCCAGAUAUUCCUGAAGAGAGGAACACUGGAGACCCAGAGAUGGUGGCCCUUCUCACUGCUCUAUCACAGGGACUGGUAACUUUCAAGGAUGUGGCUGUAUGCUUCUCCCAUGACCAGUGGAGUGAUCUGGAUCCAACACAGAAAGAGUUCCAUGGAGAAUAUGUCUUGGAAGAAGACUGUGGAAUUGUGGUCUCUCUGUCAUUUCCAAUCCCCAGACUAGAUGAGAUCUCCCAGGUUAGAGAGGAAGAGUCUUGGGUCCCAGAUAUCCAAGAGCCUCAAGAGCCUCAAGAGACAGAAAUCCUGAGUUUUACCUACACAGGAGAUCAGAGUGAAGAUGAAGAAGAGUAUCUUGAGCAAGAAGAUCCAAGUUUGGAGGAUCUACAAAGGUCUAUUUUGGACGAUCCAGAAAUUCACGAGACGCCUGAUUGGGAAAUAGUCUUUGAAGAUAAUCCAGGUAGACUUAAUGAGAGGAGAUUUGGUACAAGUAUUUCUCAAAUUAAUAGUUUCACGAAUCUUCGAGAAACCAUGCCCCUUCACCCCCUUUUAGGGAGACAUCACGACUGUCCUGUAUGUGGGAAAAGUUUCACUUGUAACUCCCACCUUGUUAGACAUCUGAGAACUCACACAGGAGAGAAACCCUAUAAAUGUAUGGAAUGUGGGAAAAGUUACACACGGAGCUCACAUCUUGCCAGGCACCAAAAGAUUCACAAGAUGGGCACUUCUUAUAAAUUUCCCUUAAGCCGGAAGAAUGUGGAUGAGACCUCCCCACUGAUCCAGGCUGAGAGAACUCCACCUAUUGAGAAACCCUAUAGAUGUGAUGAUUGUGGAAAACACUUCCGCUGGACUUCAGACCUUGUCAGGCAUCAGAGGACACAUACAGGAGAAAAACCCUUCUUCUGUACCAUUUGUGGCAAAAGCUUCAGCCAGAAAUCUGUGCUAACAACACACCAAAGGAUCCACCUGGGAGGCAAACCCUAUUUGUGUGGAGAGUGUGGCAAAGACUUCCAUGACCACAGGCGGUAUCUGGCACACCGGAAAACGCAUGCAACUGAGGAGCUCUAUCUCUGUAGCGAGUGUGGACGGUGCUUCAACCACAGUGCAGCCUUUGCCAAGCACCUGAGAGGACAUGCAUCAGUGAGGCCCUGCCGAUGCAAUGAAUGUGGGAAAAGCUUCAGUCGGAGGGACCACCUCGUCAGGCACCAGAGAACACACACUGGCGAGAAACCAUUCAUGUGCCCUACCUGUGGAAAAAGCUUCAGCAGAGGAUAUCACUUAAUCAGGCAUCAAAGGACCCACUCAGAAAAGACCCCUUAGCUAGGCCCUGUGUGAGGUGAUGUACAGUCAUCUCUUACCUAAAGGUGGGCUAGAAGAAGCUCCCUUGUCAGCCUGGAAGACCUUUUCUAGGGAGUCUCUUCCCCUAUUAAAUAAAAACCCCAGGCAGAGCUUCUUCGACACCUUGAGGAUAUAUUUUGCCCAAAGUAUAGUCUGAGUGAGUUGAGGCUCCCCCUUCACUGGAGUGUGCCUGCCUCUGCCUUGUGGGUACAGAGUAGAAUUAGAAGACUUAAGAGGUUGUAGUUACUCUGUUUUCCAAAAAAUAGGCUGUUACAUACCCUAAAGACUACUUGACAACCUUGAGUUUCAAGUGGCCAAGGACAACCCCUUAGGUUUGGUAAGGGACCAGCCUUAAGGUGUUUGUCCUUCCUGGGCUCACAUGUUAAAUAAAGCACACUGCCCUGAACUCAAAACAGGAGACCUGGGUCGCGAUAACCUUGCUGCACAUUUAAAGGAUAACUCUGUACAAAUCUCUCCCUGUCUGAUUCAGUUGCUCACCAUGCACUUUCCUUUGAUGCUGGGGAAAAUGGGAGAGGUAUUUGAUGGGUGAAAGUCUCAAGGCUGCUGUUUAUGGACCUUUUUCAGGCUGUUCCCCAUUGUCAAAAUGGUGCUGGGCCAGACACUGCUAGAAAAGAGGACCUAGUCAGUGUCCUCUCUUUCUUUGUGGAUUUGUUUUAUUUUACCCCAUUAGACUACUCUUAUAUUUUUAGCCUCCCUAGUAUUCUACCAGUGUCUUGGUUUUGUCCCUGGCACUUCUACAAGUGAAAUGUAACAUUCAGACUCUGAGGGCCCCAGUAAAGUAAAAGUUAGAUCAUCAUGAAGUUAUUUACAUUCCCACAUACGCACAAACCCACUCGCCACCCCCACGCCCUGUCCACCCUUCACAUGGGUUUUGUGAGGGGAUUUUGGGAAAGUGUUAGCCUACAAAGGCACUAUGAUCAUGAUUGACUGGGUCACCUCAUUUACAUGAAAACUGGAGAAGAUACGAGAUCAAACUAUGAAAAAUUAAGAAAAAGCUGUUGCGGUUGGCCAGGGCCAUCAAGACUAUUCUGACACCCAGUCCCCACCAUCCCUGCCUCAGUUCUCUGAUAUCAGGAAACAUGAACCUCAGCACCUGGGACCUACAGAGUAUACCAGGAGUAAAUGGCUUACAUUUGUGGUGUUUGCUUUUUUUUAUGUGAUUUCAUUUCCAUGUAAGUAAGAACUAUAUAGUAUCUCAUGAUGGCCCAAGGAUGCCUGUUGUUUGUUAGAGGUUACCACAGGGGUGAGGCUGAAUUAUGAACCUCACCUGCUCUGACAGUCAGUGCAGCAAGGACUGGGGAGACUGUCUUCCAUAAAAGGAGCACAGGAUAUGGGAUUAAAGCAUGA